AGAUAAUGAGACCAACGUUGAUCUAUAUAAUGAUGUAAAUGCUGAAAUUAGUGAUGAAAGUUCAGAGGAAGAUGAACCUCCAAAAGAUGGUGAUGAAAGUGAACCUGAUGAAGAUAUCGAUGAUAUUAGAGAUUUUUCUCAGAAUGGUGUAAAUCUUCAUAAUCAUAAACAAGGCGUGUCUGAAAUACAAAAUCAUGACAUACCCUAUUUCAGGACAUUAGAGAAUGAGGAGGACAUUUUCAUGUCUACAUGUGAAUCUGAGAUGGAAUAUUGUUCAGUUUGGUCUGAGGAAGCAAAAAAGGAUUUGAAAAAAGGUAUGUUUUUUAGUAGUAAAGAAAAGUUGAAACGGGCGGUAACGAUUUGGGGAUUGCACAAAAAUAAGGAGUUCAAGGUGGUAACAUCUACCAAGAGUCUAUGGGUUGUGAGAUGUAAGUUUUAUAGUUUAUUGGGUUGCUUGUGGUUUCUUCGAGGUCGAAAAGUUGGAGAUAACCUUUGGAAAAUAGGAAAAUAUGUUGAAAACCAUAAAUGUGAGACUGAAGGGCUUUCUAGUGGUCACGCCAAUCUAAAUACCAAUUUGAUAGCAUCACUGUUUCUAAAUCAAAUUAGAAAAAAUCCUAAGUACUUGGUGGUAGAUGUCAUUUCAAAGGUUCAUGAAAAAUUUGGUCAUCAAGUGACAUAUAGAAAAGCGUGGCUUGGACGUCAACGGGCAUUUGAAUUGGUGUAUGGUGACUUUGAGAAAUCAUUUAGUGACCUACCUAAAUUUUUUGCAGCUUUUCAACACUUUAACCAUGGAACAGUUGUGGAAUGGAAACACGAAGAGUCUAUGAGUUCAUCAGAGGUAAAAACUUUUAAAUUAGUAUUUUGGGCUUUCAAGCCAUGCAUAGAUGGAUUCCAAACAUGUCGCCCUGUUAUUUCAGUAGAUGGAACUCAUAUUUAUGGAAAGUAUGAGAUCAAAUUAUUAAUUGAUGUUGGAAUUGAUGAAAAUGAUAACAUUCUUCCUUUAGCGUUUGCUAUUGUAGACAAAGAGUCAAAAGAGGCAUGGAAGUGGUUUUUUAGAAAUUUGAGUGCACAUGUGAUAAAAAGUAGACAAGAUGUAUGUGUUAUAUCUGAUAGGGCAAAAGGAAUCUUGACUAGUUUGUAG